AGACAAGACCAAGACAGUCUUCUGUCUGAACCAAGACAGCCGUCUGCAGCGUCGAGUGAUGUGCUGAGGGGCUCUGUCAGUGGUGUGUCAAGUGAGCCUGAGAGCCAGUGACGCUAAGUGCACCGGGUGAGUUUGCACUCUGUGACAGCUGCUGAAGAUCCCGCGGUGAGACCGGGUCCCAAGAAACAUAGAGACUGCAUAAAGAUGGCGCGGCACGCAGCCAAAGUCUGUAUUCUCCUCGCCAUUGCGACUCUCCCGCUCGCCACCACUGCUACAAACUCGGCGCGUCGGGUUGACGGGUGGACAGAGUGGAGCGACUGGGGUCCCUGCAGCCAGCCCUGUGACGGCGGCGUCACGCGGCAGACGCGCAUCUGCCACCGGGAGCACGGCUGUCCCGGCCUGGGCGUGCGCCGACAAAUGUGCAACAUGCAGGUCUGUGUGAACGCCACCGACCCUCGGGUGGCCCAGUGUGCCGCGUACGACCACCGUCGGCACAGCGACGGGCGUCGUUACCGCUGGGAGCCCUACCCCGACCUCACCGAGCCGUGUGCCCUCACCUGUCGAGCAAUCGGCACCGGCCUGGUGCGGCAGCUCUCGCCAAGGGUCAUCGAUGGAACCAGGUGCCGAGAUGGGAGUUUGGAUAUCUGCAUCGACGGAAAGUGUGAGCCUCUCGGGUGUGACCUACGUAUCGGCUCAAACCGCACAGUGGAUGUGUGCGGAGUGUGCGGCGGCGACGGAUCCAGCUGCAGCACGGCACACCACUUCUGGAAGGAGAAGGAGAUCGCACCCUGCUCGGCCACCUGCGGUGGAGGAUUUCAAGUGAUGCGGCCGGUGUGCACAAGUCGAACAACCGGUAUCGAGGUAUCGGAACAGUUCUGUGAUUUCCGUCUGCGACCUCGCGACCGUCUGAUGGAGUGUGCCCUGACGCCGUGCCAAGCCAGCUGGACCACUGACGAGUGGGGCCAAUGCAGCUCCUCCUGUGACGGAGGCCACAAACGACGCAAAGUCUGGUGCGCCGAAAUGGUCAACGGAACGCUGAUUCAGGUCUCUGAGGCACGCUGCAGUGGCAAUCGUCCCACCAGCCAGGAACCGUGCAACUUCGUCGCCUGUCCCAAAUGGUACCAGGGGCCCUGGUCGCAGUGUUCGGUGACCUGCGGGGACUCGGGUCAGCAGACUCGGGCAGUGUUCUGUCGGGACGCUCGCGGUCAUCUCAGCGAGGCCUGCGACCCGAAACUGAAGCCCCGGGGCCGCCAACCGUGCUCCAGUCUGAUGCCCUGCCCUCUCAGUCAGGUCAAGGACUCACACAGUGCACAUAUACCGUACCAGCUGCCGCUAUCGCACGCCCAGCCCGUGUUCCCGGCAGCAGUCGAGUCCAGCCAGCAGCUCACGCCCAGCACAGACCCCAAGUUCGUGGCGGACACGUGGGGUGAGUGCUCGGUGACCUGCGGUGAGGGACUGCGGCGGCGCAAGGUCGAGUGCAAGGUCUACCUGGAGUUCUCUCAGACCCUGGUCACGCUGCCUCCCAGAGAAUGUGGUAGCCACCCGCCGGCUGACCUAGAGCGCUGCAUUCUGCCGCCCUGCCUCGGGUUGAGGUCGGGAGACAGCUACCACCAGCCGUUCCGGCAGCAGCACCAGCAGCGGAGCAGCGACAAGACACCGCGUCACACCUACGACGCUUUAUACGACGUCAACGACCCGCCCGCGUUCGACCACUUCUCGAGCUCAGAGCUACCUCUCGGAGACACUGCCGUGCACUCUGACCCGUUCUCGAGCCCCGAGCACCACGGUCGACCCCACCUGGACCGCUUCUCGAGCCCUGAAAUCGACUCUCCGCGUGACGACUACCGAGACGGAGAUGACCUCUUCUCCAGUCCGGAGGUCAACCCUUUUGACGACGACUUCGGCAGUCCGGAGGACGUGCCCGGCCCGGACCCUCCUCUUCGCCACCAUCCGGACCGGUUCUCCAGUCCGGAGCGCCCGAUCGACUCGAUGGUCCGACUGAGGACGCACAUGUUCAACGGCGGGCGCACCUACCAGGACGUGGCCGGCUCGUUCGAGCUGCUCGGAGGGAUGCGGAAGGGCGGUAGAGGCGGUGCAGAUGAUGGGAGAGAACUGGAUAGCGGUGUGGUGGUUAUCCGACCCAAGGAGGCCCAGCCGCCGCCCGAACCGCCCGAGCAGGCCAGGUUCGUCUGGAAGAAGGCGGGGUUCACUCCGUGCAGCUCCUCCUGCCUCGGUGGCGUGCAGGAGUCUCUGGUGCAGUGCGUGCGCGUCUCGGACGGACUGGAAGUCAGCCCCUUCCAGUGCAGUCUGGACACCCGUCCUGACAGCAUCACACGCACCUGUAACGACCAGCCCUGUCCGCCACGGUGGAACGUCACGGAAUUCUCCGCCUGCUCGCGGCGCUGCGGAAAAGGUACGCAGACCCGUGAGGUGAGCUGUAUCCAUGAGCUGGCGCGGGGCGAGGGCAACACCCUGACAGUGGCUGACUCGGAGUGUGCCGCCCCGCGACCGGCCGACAACCAGCUGUGCAACAUGGUCACCUGCCCGCCGCGCUGGCAGCCCGAGCCCUGGAGCGAGUGCUCUCGAUCGUGUGGCGGCGGCAUCAAGACUCGCAAGCUGCGCUGUCAGCAGCGAAUGUCCGACGGCAGCGUGGUAGACAAGGCGCCCUCCAUGUGCGGCUCCAAGAGCCCACCGCACAAGAGGCCGUGCAACACGAGAAAGUGCCGCGGUCCGCAGAUCAUCGCCUCUAACCAGUCCUAUGAACAAGAGACGCCUCAGCGGCGGGUCACGCUGAAGAUCGGCGGCUCGGCCGUCGUCUUCGACGGCACCACGGUCCAGCUCAAGUGUCCGGUCCGACACUUCGACAGGUCAAAGAUCGUGUGGACCAAAGACGGUGACCGUAUGACGGGAGGCCGUAAAUACCGCCUCAAGGCGAACGGUCAGGUCAGAGUUCGACACGUCGAGUAUCAUGACGCUGGACGGUACACCUGCAUCGCGGGAGGGGUGACCGCCUCUUUGAACCUGUCGAUUCGACCGAGUCCUUUCGACGAGCCACAGUGGGUCAAAGAGAGGCGACUCAGGAGACAGAAGAAGAAAAAACUCCGAGAGGAGAGGCGGCGGAAGAAACAGCGCAAACUCGAACAGAAACUCGCCGAGGCAGCGGCCGCCGCGCCGCAGUACCCGACUCAUCGAAGAACGGAGAUGGAGCUGUCCAACACCAUUGAGCAGGUGUCCGAGGGGGGACAGCACCACUCCGGGCCGAUACUCCCGAGCGGCGAAUCACCCGACUCUAUGAACGACGUGCGCGUCAAGUUCGUCUCAGACCAGCAGGCCUCGGACAGCGACCAGCCUAAGGGUCUGGUGCUGGGCAGCGGCAGGAGCCGACAGCGCUCACGCUGGAGCAGAAAAUCGACCACCACCACGAGCACCACUCCUGGCACCACGCAAAGCACCACCACCACCACCGCUGGGGCCUCCUCAUCCGCCGCUUUCGACACAGUCUCUGACGCCCCCGCCGACACCGAAGGCGACGGUGCUGCCACCGUGCGGGAGCAGGACAGUACAGAUGGCGCUGUGGUCGCCGCCCCGGCGCCCAUGGCGGAAGGACCGGAGGGCACGGGUGGGACCGGGGAGGCGACAGAUUCCUCGCACGGCCUGGACGAGGGGGUGAUCGAGGUCCUCGGUAAAGGCGACCCGUCCGAGGUGCGUUUCGAGUGGCUCAUCACCGACUGGUCUCCGUGCUCUCGAACCUGCGGCGGUAGCGGCUACGAGCUGCGGGCCACCCAGUGCCUGGUCAAGCUGAACAACACGACUCGUACCGUGUCGGCCGCGCUCUGCGAGGACAAAGGUCUGCCCAGCCCGCGCUCGGUGCGGCCAUGCGGCCAGAUGCCCUGUCCCAGCUGGCAUGUCGGCGAGUGGAGGUCGUGCCGCCGAUCGCGCUGCGUCCAGUGGAACUAUGCGAUGCAGAGACGGAAGAUCAGCUGCCGUCUCCCGAACGGUACGACGGUCCACCCGCGACUGUGCGACCGUCGCCAGCGGCCCGACGGCCGCCAGGAGUGCUACAACGACCGGUGUCGCGGCGUGUGGCGCGUCGAGCCGUGGUCCAAGUGUUCCGCGCGCUGCGGAUCGGCCGGUUACCAGACCCGCAUUCUGCGCUGCGUGUGGUCCGGCACCAAUAAACCGGCGGGCAACACGUGCCGCGACCAGCCCCGACCGCUGGUCUACAAGCCGUGUGUCGGCCCUACUUGCCCCCCGUUGCAGGAGUCUCCCAGGGACCCUUCUGGCAGCAUAGCGCAUGAUGAACGCGAUGAUGGGAGUGGCUGUCGAGACCGCAAGAACUUCUGCUCGCGCGCCCGGCGGCUGUCGCUCUGCUCAAUGCAGGACAUCCGCAGCGACUGUUGCCGCACGUGUUUGGACGUCGGUUGAGACGCGGCUGCCACCUGUCGGCCGGACGGGGAACUAGCCGACGGCGCGGCGCCCCUCUCGGGCGCGGCCUGCCUGAUCUCAGCCGGCCCGCCGCCGCCGGCGCUGGCGCCGCUCGUGGCGCCGCUGCUGACGCCGCUGUUGGCGCACGGCGGCGGCUGACGCUCGGCAGUGGCGGGCGGGUCGGCGUCGGCCCUCUUCCCGGUGGGAACGACAGCGUGGCAGCCGUGAGCCGCGGACUCGUGUGGGAGCGUGUGAAAGUGCGUGACUAGGGCAGCUGGUCCUCUGCGGCCGAGGACCUCUCUUGUCGGCGGCCUGGCCCGCUCUCGUGAUACCAAUGGACUAUUAUUACCUUAUUUAUGUUAUGACGCGGUGUCCGAACCGCGCGGGCCGCCUCCUCAGUCUCAUUAAUGUGUAUCCCGCCGAGGGGCCGCACGUCGUGCGAGCUUUUCAGUGUUUGUGUACAUACAGGAUAGUUGGCUCGCGGACCGCGUGGUGGCAGCACCGUCUCUCCGCCAGGCGGCGCUCAUCCGCUUUAUUCCUGCCGCUUCGCCAGUGUAGGUCUUCCAGCCAACGGCGGCGCUUCGAAUGGGCGCCAGCUGAGAGGUCGGGGGACGCUGUUGUUGAGAGGAGUACCGUGUUGUGUCGCGCCGGUUGUGUGUAUUGUGAUGGCCUGGCCAGGGCUGGUGCGCAGGGCAGGGCGCUGACCGGUCGGAUGCUAGCCCUCGCUGUCAAGACAUUGUGCCAUACUUACUGUGUACCGGUUCGAUGUUAUUUUUCGAGUCGUGCGUUCGAACUGUUGAAUGGGUAGAAAUGCUUAUAAAUCGCAUCUACUAA